AAAUUUUACGUACGAUUCUGUUAUGGUGGACAUGGUCCUGUUUACUCAAGUUUACUUCGUUUUGUCGACAGCGCAAAUAUAAAAUACAUAGGCAUACAAUAAUUUAUUUUAAUAUUACUUGUGCUAAUUUAAACAACAUAACAAAGCUCUCAAGGUAGGAUAACCUGAUUAAUCUCUUGUAAAUUGACUGUAUGAAUGGUAAUUAGUAACUGUUGCUGAGUGAUGUCAGUGAUCAGUAUCAGUGAUGAGCGAGAUUGUUUUUGUAAAGCUUUGACUUUGAGUGAGAGUGCUCAGUGCCAGCUACUAUUGCUUAUUAUUAGUAGUAGUAGUAAUGUAGUAGUAGUAGUCUUGAGUCUUGUCUUAGACGUAGUAGGCCAGUCUUAGUCUGUCAACUAUACUACGAUAUCAGUACUAGUAAAUUGUAGACAGUUUUUAAGUUGAGUGUGUAGUCACAGUAGGCCUAUACUAUAACAGGCUAUAUUGUCGGCAUUGACUAUUCAAUGACUAUUGUACUAUUAUUAUUAUUAUUAUUAUUAUUAAUGGUCUUAUAUAUGUGAAUGCUCGCAAAGUGCAUGCUGAAAAAAGAAAGUUUGGCAGAAACCUUGAUCUUGUCCCUUCAUAUUUGCAUGAGUUCAUGUCCCACGUUCGUUUUUGUGGAGAUGACAUAAACUCAGUUUUCUUUGUUGAGAUGAGAGAUGCGCACUCUAAUCAAAUAAUGUGAUGGGUAGAGCACAAAGCACCAUCAGCAUAAUUUGCAAUGUGUCGAGUGCAAUGCUUCCUUCAACACAUUUUCUGGAUGAAUCAUUGAAUGUAACCAUAUCGAUUUCUGCAAAAAAAAAUAAAUAUUAUUAUUAAUAAAAUUAUACAGUUAUACCAAUGAACAUGAUAAAAAAAACAGUGCUGAGGCAAAAUUGAAUUUUAGACUGUCACUUAGAUAUUUGAUAUGUGAGAACAACAAACAAGAAGAGAGAGGAGAACACAGCUUAUCCCCCACUUACCUUGCUUUUUCUUAGUUGCAUUUAUUUUUUUAAAAAAGUUAUGCGCACGACAAGCACAUACAUUCAUUAGAUAUUUCGAUAUAUUAAGUUGACUUUUACUUCAACGACAUAGAGAUGAGGUUUCCACCACUUGUCUCCCUCACCAAUUAAAUGUACCAAUCUCACCCCUCCCAUGAUUGGGAAUAGGUUGUUUACGUUUUAAUUGUUCUAAAGAAUCCUAUCGGGUGAUGAAAUUUCUAGAAUUUCUUUUUUGGAGAGUUCCAACUCCCUCCCUAUGAAUAAGCCGGCAGCUGUCCCAGCUGCAAGAGAGAUUUGCUAAUUUUCCUAGACAUUUAAGAGGCGUAAUAUACUUAUAGGAGCCUUACAAGAUUUUACUCUUUGUGUGUAUGUGAGUGUAGAUUAAUAUUUCUAUCUUUCGAGGAUUGCACUUUUUCACUUGCUGUAAUUUAAAAUAGUUUUCAUUUGAUUUGUAUUUUUAAAGUAAAAAAAAAAACAACUUCAGUAUUUCAGGACCACAUUUUUACGCUAGUCAUCUCCAAAUAGGUGAAGAUGUAGUGCAGAAGUACAAUGGCCUUACUAUUUAUUAAAAACUGCUUUUUCACAGAUAACCUUGGCUCAGUUGUUUUGUCGACAUGCCAUGGACCCAUCUCGGAAUAACUUGCCACUACAAUUCAACGUAAACAAGAAUAAACCCCCUAUGCCAGUUAUAAGGACAAACUCGGAAGGAAAGGAGGGUAAUGAACUGCAAAAAAACCAACAAAAAACAACCUUACUUUAAUUUAAACAGAAUAACAAAAUUAAAAUGCAGUGAUUGCUAAUAUAUAACUUUGCAUAUAAUUCAUUACAAUUUCACGGGUGGCAAAUUGCAAUAUUCUCUCAGAAAACAUAUUUUGAGCAUUGUGUUUGCUUGAAAACAUUAAGCUCUGCAUAUAAAGUAUAUCAAUUUUUUGUGCAAGAAUCAACUUGUGGAGUUUCUUCAUCAACUUCUUUGUUAGCAGGAUAAAUGGAAGUCUGAGAGGUUUAAUUUUUUGUAAUUUUAUUUAACUCUCAUCUCUGAGUUCAUAAAUCAACUUCUUUAUUGUUCUGCAAUUGAUCCUGCUAUUGCCUUUGGGCAUCAGCCAACAAAUCAGUUUGAUGAUAUAUUUGGGACAAUCUGCAUCAUUGAUUUCUGUGUUUUAUAGCAGUUAAAAGUGUCAACCGUGAUAAGUUGAGUCUUGUAACAAAACUGUUUCGAAGCAUACGCUAGCUUUCAAAGCUCUUAUUAUUAGAAUUGUGGUAUGCAGUGGUAUCACUCAGUGAAGUGACUUAGACUUUUUUUUAUAUUAUAUUAAAACACUGGCAUGCAAAAAAGAUCAUCUUACCUACUAAGACUAAGGGUUGCAUCUAAAAAUAAGUCAGUGCUGAGACAGGGUUAAAACAUCAUUUCGAUGGUCAUACAUAUUACCUGCUAAUUUUUUCCAUGGGAAAUAUGGACUAAUAUCAAAAUUGACACAUACUCCGAGGCUUUAAAGUAAAAGUUUGAAAGUUAUAUGUAUUCGAUUUAUAUUUUUUUGACAGAUGAUGUAACUUCCAGCACCAACCAAAACAUGAUGACCGUUAGCGAUAAUGGCAAUGACCAACAACAACAACAACAACAAAACAACAUGAUGGGGGUCUUUAAUCUGCUCGGCCAGAUGGUGGGACCUAUGGGCGGUGAUCCUAACAUGAUGAUGAUGGGACCAAUGAACUUUAAUAACGUAAGAAGAUCAUGGCUUAUUGGAAUGGUUUUAACUGAAAUGGUGCAGUAUAUUUUUCUUUUCCCAUUAAUAAUGUUCCAGGAAUAGGAGCAGUAUUUUUUUUAUUAAAUUACUCUCUCUUUGUAACUGUUAUUUACUACAAAUUACUUUAAAGUUAAAUCAAAAUAUAAGGUCAAAGUUAAAUAAAAAUUUAAAGCUCAUCAGAUCCUUUGUAAAUCAUAUAUAUAAGAAGGAGCUGACCAUAUAAUGCUAAAAAAACAAAUUAAUUUAAAUAUGCUCGGAUGCUUAAAAGCAAGGAUAGGGAUUUUAUAAUAAAAUAAUUUAAAUGUGAUAAAAAUAAAAUAUAUCUGUGUACCGGUACAUUUAACUUAAAAUUUAAGCAUAUGAAAUUUUUUUAUAUUUAAGUAUUAGUGAUUAGAAAUACAUUUAGAAGAACAAUUAUUUUAGAAUUAUUUUGAUUAUUUCAUAUGAAUGAGAGAGUUAAAAUAUUUUCCACUCUGUUAAAAGAAGGUGCUUAGACAAGCUGAACAUGAAACAAAAAACAAACGAAUUUAUAUAUGCCCAGAUUCUUAAAAUCAAUGAUAGGCAUUUCUAAUCGAAUCAAUUUAAAUAUGAUAAUAAUAAAUUUAUCUGCUUGCACUUAAGUAUAUGCAAUGUUUGUAUAUUUAAGUAUUAUAAAUUAAAAAUACGUAUAAUAUUUUAAAGAACUAUGUACGCCAUACCAAAUUUUAGCUUUGUAUCUUAUAAGUUCUAAUUAUUUUUCUUUCCAAAAAUUUAUCGAGGAUACAAAACAUCAAAACACAAUUUAGUUACGUACAUAAAAAAAAAUAAAAUACAUACUUUAAAGAACUAUGUACGCCACACCAAAUUUUAGCGUUGUAUCUUAUAAGUUCUAUUUUAUUUUUCUUUCCAAAAAUUUAUCGAGUAUACAAAACAUCAAAAAACAAUUUAGUUACAUACAUAAAAAUAGAAUGAAUUUUUUCUAGAUGUUGAGAGUUGGCAAUAGCAGGAAUUAAGUAGCACAAUAUGCCUUCCGUUAUUACCAGAGUAACACCUGGUCAUAUUUUCUUGUAUCUAAUAAUAAUUUAGUGUAGUAAUUUGUUAAUUGAUAGCUUUUCACUGACCAUAUUGUUAUAUUGCAAAGUUUGGGGUAAUUUUAAUAGUUAACAAUUUUUUAUUUUUGCCAGCCAUGAAAUGCCUUGGCAAAAAGCUUUUUGUUUAUCAUAUAUGUUUUCUCAGUUCUUUUAUUUAUUUGACUUACUCAUUAAAACUUAUUUUUAAAAUGUUUAGGAUUCUUUCAUGCCAUAUUUGAAGUUUUAUAACGUUGAAAAUUAUUUGGCAUGUAUUCUGUAAAGAUUGCUGCAGCACUAAUUAUCAUGCAUACACAUGAAGCUUUCACAAUUUAAUUGUUACGUUUUAUAAGUUUAGUCAAAAAUUUAGCAGUUGUUGUUGGGUUCCAUAUAUUAAAAAUAAAACAACUUACCAACUUACUCUAAUUUUUUAGUUCGGUUUGAUGGGACCAGGUCCAGGAGCAAUGAUAGGAGCUGGCCCCAUGGGCAGCUUGGGUCCUCUUGGUGGUCCUGGAAUGAUGGGACCACCACCGCCUGGCAUGAUGGGCCAACAAAUGCAAGUCAAGGAAAUUAUAAGACUUAAGUCAUCCGUGUUGUACCCACCUCCACCAGGUAAUGCAGGUUCAAAAUAUAUUGUUAAGCACUGGCUUCUCUUAUGAGAAAUCUUGUUUUAAGUUAUGGCUCGUUCACACAGUGCUCAACAAAGGACGAUACCAUAGAGAAAUACAAUAAUAAAGAUAUGACACGCAAAAACAGUUGCCAAUCACAAUUAAUAAGAUUUAAUUUAGUAAUAAUACAAUUACAAAACAAAAGAAAUAUAAUUACAAAUCAUCAACUUACAGUAUGGUAGAUCUUGUACCGGUACACAAUUAGUACAAUGUGCCAAUUAAUAAUGAUGAAUGAUGAAAGCGAAUAAACACAUACAUGAGCACACACAGAAUAAUACAAUUGUCUCGUAAAGUUAAUAAUAUCUAUCUGAAUCUCCGUUCCUCUUUGUGCCUGUCAAUCCCUUAUAUAUGUGGGUCGGUAGUGAACAAGAUACAUCAAAAAGAUUUAACCACGGCCACAAUAAACGUUACUGUCUGCUAGGAGUCUAAUGCGGGGUCAAAGAAAGUUCACGCACGGGGAAAAAGUGUACUACGUAUCAAUUUUAAUAUUAACACAGUUUCAAUCUUUCCUUUGUUGGGGGAGCUGCUAUCUAUGUUAGUAAUUUUUCAAAAGAUCUAGAUGCUAGAAGCCUGUAAUAGUUAAUAGUUUGCAAAAAUUCUAGUGAUAAAGAGUUUUCUCCUUGAUAAAAUUGAAUAUUUAUUUUGUUUCAUUAAAAUUUAUUUUUCAGGGGCUCCACCACGCAGUACACGGGAAAGGCCCCCAGGAUGCAGAACUAUUUUCAUAGGAGGCAUCCCGGAGAAUUGCACAGAGGAUCUCUUGUUUGAAGUCUUUGAGAACUGUGGGCCUAUUCAGAGCAUUCGUAUCAGCAAGAAGAAUUUUGCUCACAUUCGUUUUGAAAACAUGGAAUCUGUGGAUAGAGCGUUGUAUAUCUCCGGUACAUGUUUAUUAUUUAAGAGUAUUAUUAUGAAAUAAAAUAUUGUCUCAUGGUUUAACAAUUGCUGUUUGUCCUUGGUGCAUAGUGUUAACCAUGUUUCUAUUCUCAUUAUGGCUUAAUUAACUGGGAAUUUAAAAAAAAACAACUUUUAAUUAUUAAUCCCAGGCUACCGGAUGAAAAUUAAAGAUUCUGAUGAGAAGGAGGACACUGGUAGGAUUCAUGUUGAUUAUGCUCAAGCCAGAGACGAUCAGUUUGAAUUUGAAUGUCACCAGAGGGCGCUGGCGAGGGAAAUGAGACAUCUUCAGAGGAUGGAGGAAGAGCGACUCCGGCCCCCCAGCCCCCCACCUAUUACGCACUAUUCAGACCAUGAAGCUAUUCUUCUUUUGGAGAAAUUGAAAUGUAAAAAUGGAAAAUUUAUGUGUGUCAGCUUUUGACAAGAUUCUGAAAGGAAAUAAUUCAAUCCAGAAAUCAAAAAUGAAAUAAAAUUAAAUAACUUUUAUUAAAAUGAAAUAAAAGUUAAAUAAAAUUUUGUAAAAUGAAAUAAAAUUCAAUAACAUGCAGUGAAAUAAAAUACACUGUUAUCAGUUGAAUUUGAUUUUAUUCAUAAAAUAAAUUAAGGCAGUGAGGAUCAUUUAACAAUCACUUUUUUCCCCUGUUUUAGAUAACUAAUUUUUCUUUGAUUUUGCAAUAAAAAGAAAAUAGUUGUUCAUUUUUCUUUAUUACUGAUAUUUUUUCAGCUGAUGAAAACUUCUCCAAGGCUUCUCAGUUGCUGAUCACUUGGCUAGAAAGAGGAGAGUGCAACCGCCGCACCUCAACAAAUUUUUACUCCAUGGUCCAGAAUGUUCAAAGUCACGUCAGACGGCUGAACAAUGAGAAAAUGACAGUGCAAGAAGAGUAUGAACAUUACAAACUUCAAUUUCAGCAGAGAGUUCAAGGCAUUGGUGCACAGUGUAAGUACCUGUCAUUUUUUGCAUGUGCAGCUCAUAUCUUUUUAAGAGAUGAUUUCACUCUGGUUGUGGCAUUCAAGGUUCCAGGAAAUGAUGAUCCACUCCUCCACAAAGUAAAAGUAGGCAGAAUAAAUCCUGAAGAGUAAAAAAAAAAAUAUCUGGUAAGAAUCUUCCACGGACUACACUUGUAUGACAGGUAGAUAUGUUAGAAGCUUGCAAUUUUUUGUGUAUGGGGUAUUCAUAAAGACGGCACAUUUUGAACUCCAGAUUUUUCACAAAGUUGGAAGUCAAGAGGUUGGCUAUACUUUGUUUAUUUACCCAGAUAUCAAUUGGAAACAAUAAGUAAAGUCAAAAUUAGGUUCCAUUCCUGAAGUCAGUGAUUGAAAAACAAAAAUCUAUUUACACUUUAGCGAGCCGUGGAUUGAGCCUUAUUGAGAAAAGUGUUAUAGAAGUUAACACUUAAAAUUAAUCAGGAAUGUCUUGCCCCAACAAAGUCGAUGAAUCAUCAGUAAUAUAAAAAAAAAUAUGUAAUCUUUCUGAAAGUCUCGGAAUAGAUAUAGUUUUGACACUGGCCAUAAUACAUUAAAAAUAUAUUUUUUGUUGUACUUAAACAUUUUUUUUUGUUUGUCUUGAGUAAGAGGUAAGAUAUAGUGAAGGUAUCAAGCACCAUAAUUUUCUUUGAUGGGAAACAAAAAUAUAAAAUUUGUAUUCUUAAUUAACAAACACUAUCUUCAAAAAAGAAAAAAAGAAAAGACCCUAUUAUAACUUUGAAAAGAAAGUUAUGGCAUUGGUUACCUGUUAAUGUGGCUGUAACGGGUGCACAACUUUUCAUUCAUGCUCAUCUUAAAUUACUUUUCAUUGGCUUUACUUUGUGGUUGUAAUGGUGGCUCAACAACAAUACAAAAAUAAUUAAAGAUGCAGCUUGGGUAUCUUUACAUACCUGUACAUUUUCUUUAUCUUAACCUUACCCCUAAAAAGAAUUCAUUGUAUUAACUCUGUGCUACUUUAUUGUGUUGACCUUUUUUUGGGUGUAAGGUAAAAAAGAUGAACAUGAUAUGUUUAGUUUGGCAACACUUUUUGCUAUGAUAAAUAUAAGAAUUAAUGGAAUAGGAGAGAGUUCAAGUUCUACUAGAAUAGUUGAAUUGGUAAGAGCUGUUAGAGAUGCUGAUUAUCAAAAAGACAGAAGAUGGAAAUUCUUGGACACUGGUACUCAAAAACAUUUUUUUGGAAACAACAUCUGUUAAGGAGAAACAAAUAAAAGAACUUUCUUUAAGGAAAUUUUGUGAGGUUUUAUGAUUAAUUUCUCACUCAGAUCAAUUGGUAAAUUAAUUAUAUUAUUUAGUUCUUCAAUGAAACGAGACAUCUGAUGGCUAAUAGUCUGUUUGAUAAUACUCAAAAGUAUAACUGAAUCCAUAAUUUACCAUGAAGUCUUAUUUAUACCAGUGGUUCUCAUCGGAAUGAGCAGGUGAUUUUUUGGUGUUUUUUUUUUGUUACUGUUAAUUGUGAGUGUAAACAAUCUACCAAUGGCUAGCCAUUGUUGCACAGUGUUUCCAUGGCCUCUACAUGUCCCCUCCCACAUUCAGUGUGUCAGGUAGAGCGUGUACUGGCGGCAGCCCACAAACAAAAGUGCUGGGACCAUUUCACCAAGGCUCAACGCAAGAAUAUUGAUACCUGGCAACGCCAGGCACAGGUAGAGUAACUGUCAAAACUCGGGCAUUAAGAACAAGGCAUUGAAUUUUUUUUAGAGGGCUUCCAUGUAGGGAAAUAUCUAUAUUCUUGGGAGAAAUUUUAUUAUUUAAAAAAGGAAGAAAUUUGAUGAGUAGAUGGCAGGGUUGAGUUCAUUAUUAGAAAUUAAGAAACAUAAAUUAUUACUUUGAUUCUGCUUCAUUUGGUCAAUAGGAGGUUGGCCCAAUCAAGUAGAUGAUUAAUUUAUUUUAAAUACUUUGUAUAUUGUAAAAAAUUAAAAUAAAAAAACGCAACACAAACAAAUACAUGAGGAUUUCUUUUCCCAUAUUUAUAAAUUUUAGUUUAUGAUUUUGUUUGUUGAAUUUAUCAAGUUUACUAUUUUAUUGUCUCUGUUGUGGCUUGUUGGGGGAAAUUGGCAUAAAGUAGCAUCAUAAACCAGUACCCAUGCAGGCUUUAAUUAUAAGGGUUCCUUAAAGAAAUAAAAGGUUGAGGACAUCUAGUGAACUAUUCAUCUAAGGAAAUGUUACAACUUAGAUCAAACAGGCUAUUCUAAUAAAAAUUGAAUUAGUUAACUAUUCAUCUAUGGAAAUGUUACUUCUAAGAUGAAACAGACUAUUCGGAUAAAAACUGAACUUUAUUAGAAAUUGUGAGAAUUAAUUGAAGCUAACAAGUUGCCUCUUGAAUAGCAAAUACAUGUUGUAAAUAGAUGAACCAAUGUCAAUGCCUUGUUUUUGAUUUGCCUUGUUUAGUUAUAAGCACUGCUUUACAAACUUCCAAAAAUAUAACUUUAAAAAAAACAAAUUUAAAAAGCUAUAAGUCUUUAUGAAUAGGAAAUUCUUUACUUCAAAAUGGUUUGUUUUUAAACCAGAGGAAUUAUUUGUAAAGCAUUGCUAUGUCAAAAAAAAAAAAAAAGUAAUUUCUAGAAGAAAGCAAAAGAGCUGCUGGCGUUUUAACAAUGACCCUAAUAUGUGCAUAAGAUAAAAAGAAAGUAUUUGAGUGUAGCAGGUGAGUACAGGUGUUAAAGACAGAGAAAGAGCACACAGCAGCUCCUUUACUUUGUGCGACUUUUGUCAAUGGUUUGGUCAAGAUUCAAAAAGCUCUAUUUCAAAAGUUAUAGUAGUAAUAGUAAUUUAAGCCUUAUUUGGUGUCUUCCCAUUAGGUAAUAAAAUUGUCUUAGAAUUGCUUUUUGGUUUAUUAUAAAAUAUGAUUUUCUAUGCUAGAGCAAGGUAAGUUUGAGUAAUAGAACUUAAUAGAAGCUAGGUAAUAAUACCACAUUUUACAUUUUGUAAGAACAUAUUAGUUCAGAAGAAGGAAUGUUGUAUCCAGAAAAAAAUGUAUCUUUAAAAUGUCAGUUUUUGAUAAUUAUCCACCUUAACAAAAAUCAAGCACAUUAAAAGGUGCAAACUUAAUCAGUGGACAAUGAUAGUUGACUAGGUAAAUUAAUAUAAUGGUAUAAUAAUAGUCCAAUUAUUAAUAGUUUAAAAAUUUGGUAAGUGAUGGAAAAUAAAACUUCAUUCAAGAUGCUAGUGCACUAAUGUAUUUUUUGUGUGUGGGAAAACAAAGGGAGGCAAUUAUAAAAAUCUUAAAACUUGGCUUAUAGUUCCUGUUUCAAAACUUGAUAGAGAGAUGUUAAAAUUGAUUGAUUUACAACUUGAACUGCCUAUCAAUGUGCAGACAGAUAGAUAAAAUAUACAGAGAAUUAUUCGGAUGAAUUUGUAGUGAGAGUCUUCACAAGCUUGCAUUAUGCCCAUUUCUGGUAAGAGAGGCUCACAGAAGGGAUUAUCACAAUGUUGGUCGUUAGAAGUACCCUAAAACUGGAAGUGAAGAAAUCUGAUGAAAUAAUGGUAACUAUUCCAUAUAUUUCAUUGGUAAAGAGGAUUUAAGAAAAUUGUCUAUCUACCCUUUAACAACCAGCAUUGAGACCAUUCCUUCUGUAAUCCUUCAGGUCAAACAAAUAUGUAACUGCCCUGUCUUUUUUUCAAGCCUAAACACACCUUGUGCCAUUAUUAAUGCGCUUGACACGGCUUGAACGCAGUCCCAUGUCAAUAUUAAAUUAUAUGUCAUUUUCAAAAUUUAACAAGGCUAAAUGGAUUCAGAAGCUACAGAAAACUGAUCAAUGAUGGUAAUAAAAAGCAUCAGUGCAAGGCCAAUUUUUGUUUUUAUAAAAGUGUUAAAAUUUCUCUGUAAAUUCUGAGUUUUUAAAUAGCACUGGGCAUUGUGCUUCAAACACAAAAAGAAAUGGAAGUUUCUAAUCAAAUGAAGUUUGUUCUUCAAAAGGAACUGGUAAGAAAUAGAUCUGAUAAUGAUGUGACCACAAAAUGCACAGGUUUGAAUACUUAGUAAUAAGUUAUGUAACCUUAAGUUUUUUGUGUGCUCAUUUUACUUUUAUGAAAGCUGUUAUAUUAUUGUAAAUCACAUAUUGCAAUGUAUUAAUUUUAAAAAAAAAAGGUUUUUGUUGGUAAUGUAUUUCAAAUUGAGCUGGGGAAACUAAAUUUUAAAAAAAAAAUUCAGUUCUAUGUAAUGUAUUCUGUAUUGCUUUAUGAUAAAAUAUGAAACAACAUGAACAUAUAAAUAAAUGAGACAACUUACACCUGUUAAUUACUGGGAUAUUUUUUUUUACACGAGUUUGUGAAAAAAAAAUUAAUAAAGAAUUUUGGGACCCACACUUCAUCAUAAAUUAAAAUUGAGCUAGAUUAGAAGCAGAGUUUCUCAAACAAAUUUUGUCCACCUCCAGGAACUGCGAGAGAAUGAAGAACCUGAGUCAAAGAACAACGAUGUGGGUGAAGAUAUGGACUUCUCUGACGAUGAGGACUCUGGUCCCGUGACCAAGAAAAGGAAGACUGGAGCUCACUGUGUUACAGGUAAUGAAAUGUUGUGAAAGAGUAACUUACUGUGGUGUUGUGGAGAAGGAGAGCCCAGGAAAUGUUCUCUAAUUGUUUGUCCUCAUCAACUUGAAGAUUUCAAAAUGAAUGCAACAUUCAUCUAUUUGUAUGGUAGUUUUCUUCCUCUGCAAUUCUUCUACCAUUUAAAGUCUCUUGUUGUCAAUGUAUCAUUUAUAAUCAGCAAUCAAAUUGUGAAAUGCAUCCACAUAUUAAACAAAAAUUUCAACUAACAUUGGAGGUAUUUCUUUCUAUAACUUGUAUCUUCUGGGACAGCUUUUCUUGUUAUACUUUAGGACAAAGAUAUUCAUUAUUGGUAUUACAUCACAUUCUUAACAAUAACAGCUAUUCAGAAUUAUUUUAACUUCUGAAUCAAUAAAGAAGACAAUGUUUAUGUUCAUAACUAAAGCCUGGCAGUGUGUAGUUAAAGUAAUCUUCAAAACAUUUCAAUCUUGUUCUUUAAACCUGUAUCAUAAAACUGACUAAAACAGAUAUCACUAAACAGUAAAUAAAGGAAAUAAGAAUGAUUCUUUAAAAAAAAAAUUAAAAAACAACAACACACUUUCAGACAGUCCAGAGAGUCAGAAACUUAAAGAAGAGAAUGAUUCCCUCAAGUGCCAGAUGGAAGCAUUUAAGAACGAAGUGGACAUGGUUAGACAGGAAUGGAAAACAGAAGUGGAAGAGAAGGACAAACAAAUCAAGGCAUUACAAAAUGCCUUACAAGGAAUGCAGCAGGUGAUUUUUUUUUAUUUCUCUGCCCCAGAAAAGAAAUAUUAGUAUUUGUUCUUAGGGGGUGAUGGCCUUAAAACUUAAAUUUACAUUUUCAUCAUCCUAAAUUGCACUGAGAUUUUAAAAAAAGAAAGUCAAGUUCAAUUUUAUUUAACAUUUUUUUUUUUUAUAUCCUUUUUAUCUGAGUAGCAACUGAUAGCCCAGAGAGCUGCAGUGGCCAAACUUGAGAUGGAGAGAGAACAGAAGAGAGAUGAAACAGAGAAAGAAGAAGGCAGUAAGAAAAGCGAAGACAAAGUGAGUUGUGUAGUCUUCUACCAUGAAAUGUAUAAAAGGUGGUUUAUGAAUUCAAAAGUCUUUUUCUUUUUAUUUUAGCAGGGAUAGCAGGAUUUUGUUGUUAUUACACAGGCAUUUUAGUCACUGAUCAGGUGAUCAGUGAAAAAUUGGAUCUUUUAAGCUAACCACAUAACUGGUUGCACUUGUUGACUCAGAGUUGAUGGUUUCCUUUUACACUUUGCUCAUUUAAUGCCAAGUUGUCAAAAGUAAAGGAUCCAGAAAAUAUUGCAGGGGUGGCAGCCAUUGUCAAAAAAAAAAGCGAGGUCUCUAUAAGCAAAAUGAACAAAUGGAGGACCAGGCCCUUGAACUAACUGCUGGCUAUAUUCCACAUUGUUAAGAAAAAGCAGUUAUAUGUAAUCUAUAAUAUGGGUACGGUAUUCCCAGAAACACAUCUCAUGUUUCCAUAAGCCUUAUUACUCAUUCAGUUUCUAGGAAAUAGUUAUUAUAAUUCAUCUUGUAAAUAAAUUAUGGUGAUUAAGAAAAUGUUUAAAUGUGUUUAUAGCAAAGAAAAUCCUAUAUAUAAAGAUUGAACAUUUUGUUAGUCCUCACAGGAUGACGAAAGCAGUGUUGCAAAAUCUAUUAGGGAGGAAUCAACUGUAAGCAGCUCGGGUCUGUCUCUCACUGACAAGGAGGCAAAAAUGAUAGGCACGUUAACAAUAUUUGUUUUUACUUAAGUUUUAAAAAGUUUGCAUAUCUGGUAAUUUAAAUUCUUCUUCAUUUAAUCUGCCCUAAUGAAUUUCAUUUUUAAAAAAAAUGUUACCUUGUAUCAUUCUUUUGAUAAGCUGCAACUGCUUUGAUCCAAAUAUUUUUGAUUAUGCUCUAAUUAUAUUUAUAUUGUAAAACACUUGAAUUUCUUUUACCUUUAAGGUGGGGGUUUGAGUUAUUUGACAUAUACCAAUAUUCACUUUGGGAACUAAUAUUUUCUACUAACAUUUUUAAUUACAAAAAUUAUUUACAUUUACAUACUCAAGAAAGAAGUCUAAACCAGUUGUCAUAUGUAUAUUUUCACCAUUUUUUAAUGUUAAAACUUGGUAUUUUUUCCACAUAUCGUUUUUGUCCAGGUCUUAUUUCUUGUUUCCUGCAAGUGCACCCUAAUGGAGCUACCGUUGAUUACCUGUGGUCUUAUUUACGCCAGCUCAUCUCAGUAAGGACACGAGAAGUUGAAGACCUGCUGGAGAAGAUGCCAUCGAUAUUCGAGCAAGAAAUCAUUGGUGUGGGAGCUGCCAUUGAAAGGAGGUGGAUCUUCACUGCUCUACAGAAAGGGGGACCUGUACCAAAUCCUUGAUAUCUCAUUGUCUGAUGAACUAUUAUUUAUUUUAUGUCAGUUUUUCUGUUCACCUAGGUCAAAGGUUGAAGAACUAUGAUGUGAAGGCCCAAUCGUGCCCACCGCCUCAUUUUUAAAUUUUUUUUACAGCCCGCAAGCUAAGAAACAUUGUUAAAUGUUUUAAAAUUAAGUCUAUAAUGAAAGUUCAUGUGAUGCUUCUUGUUUUGCAUUCACUUUAUACUUGAUGGCUACUGCUGUUCAGCCACUCCAUGGUAAUGGAAUAAUUUAUGCAGAGUCUCAAAUAUUUUUAUUACGCCAACUCUGACCAAUGAGCCAACACAAUGAUUGUUUUCAUUACAUUCUAAAUCUUUAAAAUACUCAUUUUCCGUGCAUUUAAAAACUUUUAUCCAGUGUUGCAUGGACUUUUUCUCUAAAAAAAAAUAAAACAACAAAAACCGGAACACCUGCACAUCUUUGACAGAAAUUUUCUUUUGUAGCCUUCAUUAUUUUUCUUUACUCAUGGUCAGCAGUAUUGUUCUCUCUCUUUUUCUCAUUGCAUAUUCUGAGAUCAGAAUAAUGGCACAAUCAAUGUUUUAUCAUUUUUUGUGUUGUCUAUCUCUGUAAGAAUUCUCGUUUAUCUUAUUAUCCAAAGAUAGCAUGUGUAAACCAUUGCAUAUAAUGUAAAUACAAUGUACCAGAUUUGUUGAGCCCAUGACUGUCAACUUUUCUUUGUUUCCAGGAAUGUGUAAAUUAAUUGACAUAUAAUGUUUCCUAUUUUUCAUUUAUUCCAUGAUAUGAUUUAUAAUGCUAUUACUAUUUUUCUGUGUCAGGAGUUCUGACACAUUUGUUUUUUGUGUUUGUUACUUUAAGGAUGAAUCAGAAUAUUGUUGGCAUUUUAAAUUAUUAAGGAGAUUUGAUGCAGUUUAUUUGCUUAAUAAUUUUGGUUUUGUGAAUGGCUACUUAUGAGGUUGUUAAAAUAAAGACC